AUGUCUCACUACCCUAAUUCGAUGGGAUUCAACCAAAACCCCAACCAACAACCUGGUUUUUCCCCACCUCAAAUUUCAACCUAUCCGCCAAUGGGGUCCCCUGGAGUACAUGCAAAUCAAAGUGGACAAAUGAAUUUCCCUGCUCAAGGUGGUCAAGCAGGCUUUGUCAAUCCAGGUCAAAUGGGCUAUCCCCAAGGUCCCACAGCGCCGCCGUCUUAUGGAAAUGCUAGCUAUUACCCUGCCGAUGGUGGAGGCUUUUUAGGACCAAAUUCUGGAAUGUCACAAAAUCAUUUAGCCCCAACUGUUUUUUUGCCCUGUACUCCACCGCCAAAUCAAUAUCCGAAUACGCCAAACCAGGGAAAUAUGAAUCCCUACGGCCAUCCUGGUUCAUCUGGUUACAAUACAAAUCCUGGCACCUCUCAGUGCUAUCCACCUCAGGGUGGUCGUCCGUGUAAGCUCCUUGUGCAAACGGUUCACAGAAAAUGUGGAAUAGCUUUUAUAAACGCUUCUUUAUUAGUUACCUCAAUAAAUUAG